AUGGCGCCGAAGAAAAAGAACAAUAAGAAGCAGAAUGAUGACUGGGAGACUGAGUUGGGAGAGACAGUUGAGCCUGUUACUGCAAUGGAACCUGAUGCCGAUGCGGCAGAGGCCGAUCCAGAGGAGGAGGUUGUAGCAGGAGGUCUCAUGGCUAUGAUGCGCAAGAAGCAAAAGAAAGGCAAGAAAGGAAAGCAGACGGAAGAUUUUGUCGAGGGAGAGGACCCACCGGCCGCCGAAGAACAACCCCAAGACGAUUUCGCAGACAAAGCUCCGGUCGAAGCUUCGAUAGACGAUGAAUUUGCUCUGCCAGAAAAAAAGGGAAAGGGAAAGAAUGUACAGGCCAAGGCUGCAAAGAAUGACGAUGCAGGAGAUGACGAAGUGGGUGCGGAUGGAAAAAUGCUUACCAAAGCGCAGAAGGAAAAGUUGAAGAAAGAGAGAGAAAAGCAGAGGAAGAAGGAACAAGCGGCUUUGAAAAAGAAGACGACACCGGCUGGAAAGACUGCUGAGGCUGAGAAGCCAGUGGAGGAAGAGAAACCAGAAGAGGUCGCACCAGCUCCCACUGCUGGUGGCAAAGGCAAGAAGCUGCCAGCUGCCCUCGCCAAGCUACAAAAACAACAAGAGGAAUUGAAGAAGCGGGAAGCCGAAAGAGCUGCUGCGAUUGCAGCUGAGAAAGCUCGAAUUGAAGAAGAAGAGCGUCGGGAAGCCGAAGAGGAAAAGAAGCGCGAAGAGGCUAGAGCUUUGAAAAAGCAAAAGGAAAAGGAGAAGAUAGAACAGCAGAAGAGAGAGGGUACCUAUCUCACUAAGGCGCAACGAGAGGAGAAAUUGCGAAACGAAAUGAAGCUAAAGCAAAUGAUCGAUGCUGGUGUAACGGUUGGAGGUGGAGAGGGAGGCGAGAAGAAGAAGGUCGUUUACGAUAGCAAGAAGAAGAAGGGUGGAAAGAAGAACCCUGCCGAGAUUCAGGCUGAUGAAGAGAAAGCUCUUGCCGAAGCCGCCGAACGCGCGAAGAAGGAGGCUGAGCGAAUUGCAGCAGAGGCUGCAGCCAAAGCAGAAAGAGAAGCCGCCGAAGUAGCCGCCAAGAAAGAAAACGAGGAUAGUGAACUAGAAGAUUGGGAGGCUGCCGCAGAUGAGGACGACGAGGAUGUCAAGGAUAGCUGGGAUGCGGACUCUGAUGAAGAAAAGGAGAAGAAAGCUGUCACUACCUUAGCAACCCGGGGCAAAAAGGAAGAGGAUUCUGAUUCGGAGUCUGAUUCGGAAGACGAAGAAUCGUCGGAUGAUGAAGAAGCCACGGCAAGACAAUUAGCCGAGCUAAAACGAAAGAAGGAAGCCUCCGAAAGACGUGAGAAAGCACACGAAGCCGCAAUGGCCGCUAGAUCGACGGAUAAUCUGCGAUCUCCCAUUUGUUGUAUUCUUGGCCACGUCGAUACCGGUAAAACCAAGCUUUUGGACAAGAUUCGGCAAACAAAUGUGCAGGAAGGAGAAGCUGGAGGUAUUACACAACAAAUCGGUGCCACUUACUUUCCAGUAGAGGCUAUCAAGAAGAAGAUCGCAGUAGUAAACAGAGACGAGAGCUUCGAGCUCAGAGUCCCUGGUCUCUUGGUUAUUGAUACUCCUGGUCACGAGUCUUUCUCGAAUUUACGUUCCCGUGGUUCGUCGCUUUGUAACAUUGCUAUUCUUGUCGUGGAUAUUAUGCACGGUCUCGAACCUCAGACUUUGGAGUCGAUGAAACUCCUUCGUGAUAGAAAGACGCCUUUCAUUGUUGCUCUCAACAAAAUCGAUCGCCUAUAUGGCUGGAAGAAGGUCGAGAAUAAUGGAUUCCAAGAGAGUUUGGCUCUUCAAAAUAAGGGUGUACAGAACGAAUUCGCAAAGCGUCUCGCGGAUACAAAGGUUGCUUUCGCGGAACAAGGAUUCAACGCCGAAGUCUUCUACGAGAACAAAUCUAUGGCCAAAAACGUUUCUUUGGUCCCAACAUCAGCUCACACUGGUGAAGGUAUUCCAGACAUGUUAAAGUUGAUCCUUCAACUCACGCAAGAGCGCAUGGUCGGUGCAUUAAUGUACCUUUCCGAAGUUCAAUGUACAGUCCUCGAAGUCAAGGCAAUCGAAGGAUUCGGCAUGACUAUUGACGUCAUUCUAUCCAACGGUAUCCUUCGCGAAGGUGACCGUAUUGUAUUAUGUGGUGUAGAUGGAGCUAUCACUACAAAUAUUCGAGCACUGCUAACACCAGCCGAAAUGAAAGAGCUUCGUCUAAAAUCUCAAUAUGUGCACAACAAGGAGGUCAAGGCCGCUCUCGGUGUCAAAAUUUCUGCACCCGGUCUCGAAGGUGCUAUUGCAGGUUCAAGAUUGAUGGUCGUUGGUCCUGAUGAUGAUGAGUCAGAUGUUGAGGCUGAGGUUGAGUCUGAUCUUGGUGCACUCUUCAGCCGAGUUGAGAAGUCUGGACGUGGUGUCACUGUUCAAGCAUCCACUCUCGGAUCUUUGGAAGCUCUUCUAGAUUUCUUGAAGACAUCCAAGAUUCCUGUUGCCAAUGUUGGUAUUGGCCCAGUCUUUAAGAGAGAUGUUAUGAAUUGUGGUACUAUGCUUGAAAAGCAUAAGGAACUCGCAGUCAUGCUCUGUUUCGAUGUCAAGAUUGAUAAGGAGGCUCAACAAUACGCCGACGACCAAGGCAUCACGAUCUUCACUGCUGAUAUCAUCUAUCAUCUUUUUGACUCUUUCACCAAACAUAUGCAGGUUAUUGCUGAGGCAAAGAAGGAAGCCUCUAAGCUUUUGGCUGUCUUCCCUUGCGUUCUUUCUACUGUAGCCGUCUUCAACAAAACUGGCCCCAUUGUCAUUGGUGUCGAUGUUGUUGAAGGAAAUCUCAGAUUGCAUACACCUGUCGCAGCUGUCAAGCAAAACACAGUCACGGGUGUCAAGGAAAUUGUCGGUAUUGGUAGAGUUACAUCCAUUGAACGUGAUCAUAAGCAAAUCAAUAUCUGCAAAAAGGGUCAACCAUCCGUCGCCAUCAAAAUCGAAAUGGGCAGUUCUCAACCGACAUAUGGCAGACACUUGGAAGAAAAGGACACAUUGUAUUCGUUGAUUAGCAGACAGAGUAUCGAUACUUUGAAGGAGUUUUAUAGAGAUGAUGUCAGCAACGAUGAAUGGUUACUUAUCAAGAAGUUGAAGCCACUUUUCGAUAUUCAUUGA